AUGACAUCGCCUGGAGAUGCUGCUCCGGUCAAACCUCCGCCGUCCUUCUCCCCCGGCGUUGCGCGAGUCGCAUCCACAUCACCAUCACGAUACCCCGGGGAGCAUGAAUCAACUCAAUCCUUAGAUGUCGAACUGUCAGAAUCCCAAGCAGUCAUAUCUCCGACCCCGCUCUCAGCCACGAUCGCCGACUUGCCAAUACGGUCUAGCUCGACGCACUCGCGAUCUGGGAGAUCUUCCACCCCACAAAUAGCACGGUCAUCAAUCGGUUCGCCGUUCGAUGGGAGAUCUGAUGGCUCAGAAGAUAUAAGAUCAUUAAUUAUCCGGUCAUUCUCACCCACCAUCGCAGUUCAUGCCUCCGAUGAUACCGAUUCUUUGGUGAGGAAUAAGGGGUUCAAGGGGGGCUUUUGGGAGCUGAUCCGGCCCUUUGGAGAGACAGUUUCCGGCAAGGUGGUUAUUCGUGACAGUAUCGGCUCAAGCCGUGCCUGGGAGGACUAUGGUGUGCGCUUUGUUGAUUUCAGAGGGAUCGGCAGGGCUUCGGCUGGUCGAGACUCUGGGUCCCUGGCGCAAAUCGAAGAAGUGUUGGCCAAGCAGUUGGACUCUUCAGAGGGUAUGUUACGUGGAUCAGUAUCGGCGAAAGAUUUACUGGGAUUGCCUGCAACAACUCCUUUAUGCAAAUCAUUCUUGCAGCAACUUCUCUCUUUGUCAACCGCAGCACCCCAUGAAACUUUUGGCCACCCGGUAGCCAAUGUAAUAGCUAUCAGUUCGCGCAAUCCGGCCCCCUUGGAGACACUCCGGCAACUUUACGCUGAUGGUACAACUGGGGCCAAACACUUACCCGGCUGGGUUAACCAGGAGUAUCUCCGUUAUUACGUUUUGGUUCAUGACGAAGAAAGAGACGAUAUCACGGAAUCUAUGAGGCUUUAUGAUCAGAUGAAGCGGCACUUUGGCCUACACUGUCAUCUUCUAAGACUGCGAAGUAGCCAGUGUGUGGUGACAGACGAUGAUAGCAUGCAAGUUCCCCAGUGUGAAUGGCUCUCGCCAUCAGAACAUCUGUCGGGAGCGGGCGAAGCAGAAGCCUUGGUUGACCUCGGCACCGAUGGCACACCAUAUCUUUUUGGCUCCGAUGCUACCGCUAUCAGGGCAUUCAUCCGAGAAUUGACGGUGCAAUCCGUGAUUCCAUUCAUGGAAAACAAAGUAGCAGUCUGGAACGACCAGGUCGCAUCUAAAAGGCGUGGCAUUAGUGGCAGAUUCAUGUCGAUGUCUCGUCGAUGGGCUGGCUUCGGUUCAAGCUCGCGUUCAAGUAUUGGAGGUUCGUCGGGUGGCAUUAGCGGCAACUACGAUUCGACACAAAAUUUUUAUAACCCAGAUUCCCCAGAGGCUGUCUUGCGGAAGAUGGCGGACUUUGCAUUCAUGCUCCGCGACUGGAAACUCGCUGCGUCCACAUAUGAAAUGAUUCGAGCAGAUUUCGGCAACGACAAAGCCUGGAAGUACCAUGCCGCGGCCCACGAAAUGUGUGCUGUUAGCAUGCUCUUGAAUCCACUGGCCACAUCAGCCAAAAUGAAGCUUGAUAGCGUCGACCAAAUGUUCGAGACCGCCUGCUACUCCUAUCUCACGCGUUGUUCAGAUGCGCCAAAUGCGCUUCGUUGUCUAUCCCUAGCGGUCGAACUUCUCAAGUCUCGCGGUGGGUCAGCUACCGAGAGCGCAGCCAAGUGGGCCAUGCGGGUCAUGGACUUUGGUUUGGUAGGCUCAGUGGGUCAGAUCCUUUACACUGAAAGGGUAGCUGCUUGCUACGCUUCAAAGACACCAGUUGGAGCAGCAAAGUGGGGUGGGCGCCGCAGAAAGGCUGGCAUGUGGAGCAUCCUCGCUGCCGACCAAUGGCUCAAAGCUGGCCAACCAACCCUAGCUUCUGCCUGCCUGGAAGAGGCCGAGCGUCUUUAUGCUGAUGUGCUGCAGGCCGAUGGCGAGUUUCCCAUGCCUGAGAUGCAGAAUUUCGUUGAAAAUCUGCGCCAUGCGGUGAGGGUUGAAUAUCUUGAAGCAAGAGGGUUCGAUGCCCGAGAUGAACCGACUAGCGAAGAUCCCUUGGAAACUGAGGAGACUAGCGAGAAGCUCGACUUGCGCCAUCACCGCCGCUCUCUGGUGGGACAUCCUGUCCAGCUGGAUCCUGGGGCCUUGAACACGACGCAGGGAGCUCGGGAUCCUGAGAGUCCACCCAGUGAUGACUUUGAACGAGCUUAG